AAGCGCGGGAAACGUCGGUUUCGGUGGACGUCUUUUUUUUGGAGAAAUUAUUUUUUCAUUAAUUUUCUAUUCAUAGGAUCAGAUAAGUAGUGCAGUGUAGUUUGUUAACUUAAUUUUUAUUUAUAUAUCAUAUUAGUGUAUCAUAUCUCAUCACAUAUUGGAUAAGUUUUAACUUUUUAACUUUCCAUUUCGUCCAAUGGACGACGAUCCUCAUGACCCGGGUGGGACAGCCCCCCCGGUAUCUAAUUACGUUACUAUUUCACGUAAUAGUUCAUGUCUGGACACUGAAGGAUCGGUAACUGAUAAUAAUAACUGUGAGUCAAAUGUUUCGCAUGCAAAACGCAAACGAACUUUAUCUAGAAAAGUUUGCAAACAUUGUAACAAAAAAAGGAGGAGCCGUCAUAAUAAAUCUAAUGUGUUCGAUUCAACAAACGUUUUUGAAUGUCAGUGUAUUCUCAGUAGCAGUACUAAUGAAUUACAGGAUGCGCCCAUAGUUUCUUCAUUAGAUCCAUCUCCAUCCACUGCGAAUUUGUCGGCCAAUGAAAACUUAACCAACUCCCCAAGUGCCCCAGUUGCUAGACCUUCUUAUGUAGCUUCAGAUUUGGCACCAUAUGUUGUUCACAUACAAAGAGUUCCAUCUGACCCUAAUGAAAACUGCACCAUUCAUCCUAUAUCAUUUGGCUUUUUCUUAAAAAAGAAUGGGAUUAGAAACAUCAUUGAUGGUAGUUUAAAAAGAAUUGGAAGGAACCGAUUAUCAAUAUCUUUCUCCAAAUUUGAAGAUGCUAACUCAUUUCUAGACAACGGGAGUUUGAAGUUCAAUAAAUAUAAAGCGUUCAUACCUUCUUUUAAUGUGACACGUAUGGGUGUGGUGAGAGGUGUGCCGACAGACUGGACUGAAGAAGAGAUUGUGAGCAAUAUUUCAGUACCAAUAGGUUGUGGGAAAAUUCUGAAAGCUAGGCGUCUUAAAAGGAAAAAUAUAGUUAAUGGUGAGGCUCAGUUUGUACCUAUAGAAACAGUGGUGUUAACUUUUGACGGUCAGGUCCUCCCUAAGAGAGUGUUUUUAUGUUUUAACUCACUGCCCGUUGACCUGUAUAUCUAUCCCACCAUUCAAUGUUUUAGCUGCUGUCGGUAUGGCCACGUGAAAAGUCAAUGCCGUUCAACUCCUAGAUGCUUUAAGUGUGGUCUAGGCCACUCAGGACAUACCUGUUCAGUGGAGGAAGAUGAAAUAAGGUGUUGUUUAUGUUCAGGUCUUCAUAUGGCUACUAGCAAAGUAUGUCCUGAAUAUAAUAGGCAAAAGAACAUAAAGGAAUCUAUGGCAAAAGACUGCAUUACAUAUGCUGAGGCACUUAAAUUACACCCUCCUUGUUCUAAAUCUUAUGCAGAUGUUUUAGUAUCUCCUACACCUCAGAAUUCAUACAAUCAUGUGUCAUCAAAUUACUCUAAUAAGACCUCAUACAAAAAAACUGUUUUCUUAAAGCCUAGAUCUCCUCCUAGGUUCUCUAAAGGUUAUGAUAAAUCUGCUCAUGAUGAAAUCAUUCAAGGAUAUAACUCUGAAAUCUCUCCAAGUAAAAGUAUUUUAAUUAACAGCGAUGAGAAAUACUCAAACUCUUUAAGUAAUUUAUCAUUAAAAGAAUUAAUUGUAGCCCUGAUUAAUUCUCUGCAAACUAAUUUGUCAUCCCUACCGUCCAACGCUGCCUCAAUCAAAGAUAGAUUAUUAGACAAAAUUUCACAUAACGAACAAAGCUUCAGCAAUUCAAUGGAAUUGCCGCAGCAUUUUAACUAAAAAAAGUGACCUUUUAUAUUUAAUAAAUAAAGAAAAUCCAUUUAUUAUUGCUCUACAGGAAACAUGGCUUAAGCCUGUUUCCAUUUUUAAAGUGCCUAAGUUUUCCUGUGUUAGAGAAGAUCGUAGUGAUGGGUAUGGAGGCGUGGCUAUUCUUAUUAGUCACUCUACUCCGUUUUCCCAUGUCCCAAUUCCUCAGCACAGUAGUGAUUUUUCUAUUAUUGCAGUUUCAGUAAAUCAUAUAACUUUUGUCUCAAUUUAUAUUCCUCAUCCUACUUCCCACAUUUAUGAUGAAAUAGAUAACAUUAUUGGCAACCUUCCUUAUCCUAUUAUUAUUAUGGGUGAUUUUAACGCUCAACAUGAAACUUGGGGAAGUAGUAGUUCUAAUUAUUACGGUAAUAGGAUUUUAGAAAUUUUAGAUAACAAUCAUUUAUGUAUCUUAAACUCUGGCGUUGCAACCCGCAGGACUGCGCCUCAUGAAGGAGUGAGCGCUCCUGACUUAUCUCUUUGUUCUACUAAUUUAGCCUCGUCAUUAUCAUGGUCAACAUUACCUUCAUCGUAUGGCAGCGACCAUUUCCCAGUUGUCAUUGAAUUCCCAGAUAUUAAUAGGAAUGUGAAUAAUCGCGAACCUCGAAUGAAAUACAGACUGGACCGAGCUGAUUGGAGCCUAUUUAAGGACAAGGUGGAACAAGGUCUUUCAUCUCUACCGGUUGUUAGUGAAAACAAUCAAUCAGCAUGUGCUGAAGCUUUAGCCUCUUUAUUAAUCGAAUCUGCUAAUCAGGUAUUUCCUAUUAAAAACGGUCGUCAUACUAAUAAAAUCCCCUCACCACCUUGGUGGGAUAGCGAGUGCUCAGAUGCUGUUAGGAAAAGAAAGGAAGCGGAAAAGAAUUACUGUGCUAUUUCAACAGAAGCUAAUUUUAACUUAUUAGUUGAAAUAAUGUCAAAUACCAAAAAAUUAUUAAAACGCAAAAAGUGGGAAGGCUGGAGAAACUUUUGCUUAUCCAUCUCGCCAGAUGUUUCCCCUUCUUUUGUUUGGACUAACAUAAGAAAAUUUAGAUCUGCUUUUAAAGAAUCCCAGCCGCCGUCUCUUAAUGAUACUUUAAUUGAAGAAUUUUUAGAUAAACUUGCUCCACCUUCUGUUGCUGAGAAUCUUUCUAUACCCAAUGAUGCUUUUUUAUUUACAAACAUUGAACAUACAGUUCUUAGCGACCCUUUUUCACUUUCUGAGCUUAAAGGAAUUUUAACUUAUGUUAAAGACUCUGCGCCGGGUGGCGAUGGGAUCCCCUACUCAUUUCUGUGUAACCUUAGUAAUUCUAGCUUGUUAUAUUAUCUAACUCUUGUAAAUUCUAUUUUCAAUUCUGGUUGCGUUCCACCUUCAUGGAAAUCUCAGGAAGUAAUUCCAAUUUUGAAACCCCAUAAGCCACGAGAAGACUCCAACUCUUACAGACCAAUUGCACUCUCAUCCAUUCUUAUGAAAGUAGCUGAGCACUUAAUUAAAAACCGGUUGGAAUGGUUUAUGGAGAGUAAAGGCUUGCUCAGCAAGAGUCAAUACGGUUUCAGAAAAGGGAAGAGUUGUGCAGAUAGUAUUGGCAUUUUUUGCACUGAUAUUAGAUUGGCGUUUUCAUGUGGCGCUUCAGUUCUUUCGGCUUUUCUUGAUAUAACAGCAGCAUAUGAUAAUGUGUUGUUAACUGUUCUUAGAAGUAAACUUUUACAACUACAAGUUCCCGGUUUGCUCGUAAAUUUCAUCCUAAAUAUCUUAUCUAUGCGAACUAUAAAUGUUAUUCAUGAUAACAAAAUCUCAUCCAGGUUAUUAAGUAAGGGCCUUCCUCAAGGUUCCGUCUUGAGUCCUUUAUUAUUUAACAUCUAUAGCUAUGAUUUAGAACCUUCUAUGAAUAACAGUGCACAUAUUUUACAAUAUGCUGAUGAUCUGCUCCUCUAUGUUAGUGGUAAUAAUAUACAGUUAAUGUGUGAGUCUCUUACAUAUUCUCUCUCCCUAUUAAAAUCAUGGUUAGACAAAAAUGGCCUUAGCCUUUCCCCUCCUAAAAGCUCAAUAGUUUUGUUUUCUAGAAUCCGUUUCCCACCCCCAAUUAGUGUUUAUUUUGAUAAUCAACCAAUCCCGGUUAAAAAUGAAGCCAAAUUUCUAGGAAUCAUUUUAGAUUCCAAAAUGACAGGUCUUCCGCAUUUCUAUUACAUCAGUUCUAAAUGUGAGCGACUAUUAAAUAUUCUCAGAUGUCUAACUGGUGUCUGGUGGGGCGCUCAUCCGUUCUGUUUAAAGCUUUUAUAUAAUGCCCUUAUCAGGAGUAUCCUCGAUUACGGAACUUUCUUUCUUGAACCCUGCAGUAUAGUGGGGCUUCGUAAAUUGGAUUUGAUCCAAAAUAAAGCUCUUCGAUUAGUAACUGGUGCCAUGAAGUCGAGCCCUAUUAUUGCUCUUCAAGUCGAGUGUGUCGAUCCACCUCUUAAGCUACGUCGUCAAUACUUAAGUGAUAGAUUUUUAUUCCGAGCAUUACAGUUUUCGAAUCACCCUCUCCAUUCAAAACUUACAGCUCUUUUAGAAUAUGUAGAAUCUUCCUCAUACUGGUAUCACAAAUCUCCUCCGUGUCUAGUAAUCAGUUAUCGUAAAUACAUAUCUCUGCAAGCUCCUACCCAUAGUUCCUCUUAUCUGCCAAUUUUUUGUAGUAAAUAUGAAGAGUUAAUGUUCUCCCCAGAGAUUUAUUUUGAUUUGGGUGUUUACAAAGAUGAUCGAAAUGCCCUCACAAACUUUAAUUUUAUGAUUGACAGGGAUUGGUCUAACUGGCAACACAUGUAUUGUGAUGCAUCAAAGCAUUCUACCAAUAGCCAAGUAGGCGUUGGAGUCUAUCAUGAGCAAUUAAAAAUAGUUCAAAAAAUCAAAUUUCCCCCAGAAACAUCUGUAUUUACAGCUGAAUGUUUCGGCCUUUUCAAAUCUCUUGAAUACAUAUUAAUUAUGAAAUUGCAACAAACUAUUAUUUUCACUGAUUCAAAAAGUGCUCUUCAAGCUCUUGUUAAAUUCCCUUUUAAGUCAAAUACUUUCUACCCUGUAAUCAUGGAUUGCAGGCGGCUACUAUACAAUUGCUUCUUAAAAGAUUUGAAAGUUGUAUUUGGUUGGAUUCCUGGUCACAGUAAUAUUCCCGGAAAUGAAAGGGCCGAUCGCUUAGCUAAUGAUGCAAUUUCCUGUGGUGACCUGUUUCCAUAUAAAAAUUACAGUCAUGACUUACUUUCACUUCCCAAACUCUCCCUUAGGGAAUCUUGGGAAAGUCAAUGGACUGACAACAGUCAAACUAAAGCGAAACACUACAGGAAUAUUCAACCACAUGUUCCUCUCAAACCGUGGUUUUUCAAACUGAAGCUGGAUAAGGCAGGGACUAGUAGCCUCAUUCGUAUGCGACUGGGUCAUGUUUGCCUCCCCUUUCAUUUGGCUAGAUUAAAGAUUGUAAACAGCGACAAAUGCGACUGUGGAGACGCAAAUGAAGUGGGUGACCUAAACCAUUGUCUAUUUUCAUGCCCUAAAUAUGACCGCUCCUCUUUUAUAUCUUCCUUACUGACCCUCCGUGUCCCUUUUCCUACUUGCAUUAAUUCUCUUUUAUAUACGAACGACCUCUCUAUAUAUAAAUGUAUCUCUAUUUAUUUAUCUAAUAAUAAUUUAAAGGUUUAGUUUUCCUAAUUUCCUAUUUACACUUCCUACCAGUUCCUACCUAUACUGAUCCUAGCCCUAAAUUCCGAAAUUCCGCUUUUUUAUUGACAUCCGUUUCCCUACCUUGACAUUGGCAAAUGCGCAAACCGCGCGAGCCAUA